CACGGAUUCCGAUUCUUCCCACAUAGCCACCUCCCCCCAUCAAACCAGCUCCGAUCCGGAAGGCCCCCCAGGCAGCCAGCGGCAUGAUCUCCAUCACCGAGUGGCAGAAGAUUGGUGUGGGUACCACUGGCUUCGGUGUCUUCUUCAUCCUCUUUGGGAUACUGCUGUACUUUGAUUCGGUGCUCCUGGCCUUCGGAAACCUGCUCUUCCUGACCGGCCUCUUGUUCAUCAUCGGCUUGAGGAAGACAUUUUCCUUCUUCUUCCAGAGGCACAAGCUCAAAGGGACCAGCUUCUUCCUGGGGGGUGUGGUCAUUGUGCUGCUGCGCUGGCCCCUCCUGGGCAUGGUCCUGGAGACCUAUGGAUUCCUUAGCCUCUUCAAGGGCUUUUUCCCUGUCAUCUUUGGCUUCCUGGGCAAUGCCUCCAACAUCCCCUUUCUGAGCGCGCUGUUCCAGAGGCUUCAGGGCACCAGAUCAAUGGUCUGAACAACAGAGAUGAGCUCCUUGAACUUGGAUCCUUCAUUGAGGGGGCUGGAAAGGAACUGGGGCCCGCCCCCACCCUGUACUGGCUCAUCUCCUGUCUCAUACCCAGACCUCUCCAAGUCCAGAAGGAAGGAUGGAGUUGAAUGAAUGACCUCAGAUCCCCAAGUCAGCUCACAGUUGACGCAGUUGGGAGCAGAGAUCCAGGGGGUCCCCCAUGGAGACCAGACUGGGGCUGGUAUCACAGCCUGGCCCAUAUUUAUGGGAGGAAAGCAAAGAUUAAAUCCCCAAGCUGUGUGUCUGAAA